GUAGAGAUGGAUAGCAUCCAGUCCACCACUUCUUGGAGGGUGGGCACCGUGCAGCAUGCGGAUCAGAGGUCGGGAGCUAUUCAGGCAGAUUCCUCUCAGGACUUUGCCACCUUCAUCUCGGACGCCUGCGCGGAGCUCGGGGGCAUCCCUCCCAGCGGCACGCGCGUGGCCUUUCGGCUCACGGGAGAGGCAGGUGAAGCCUUUGCGGAAGAAGUAGUUCCAGAGGAUGUUGACUUCCUGGGAACUAUGGGGCAGGGCGGCAGAGGUGUGGGCAGCAUCAAACUGGACGGCUGUGAUGACCGCUUGUCGGUGUUGCCCAUCUGCUGCGCCGCCUUCGGGGAAGUCUUCCCCGCGCCGGGCACGGCGGUGAAGUUCAAGAUCGUCAUGGAUGCCACCAGCGGCUUGCCGAGAGCAGACUAUGUGCGGCCCCAGCCCGUCGAAAAAGGCGGCAAAGGCGCCAGCCGUCCCGAACCCAUGCAGCUUGAGAAGGCCCCGGAGGGCAUGAGCACGGGAGCGACCUUCACAGGCACCGUGACGUCGCUGAAGGAGAGCUUUGGCUUCAUUGCGCCGGACUCGUCCCCGGAGGAGAUGUUCUUCAUGCCCAAAAGCUGCAGGGGCUUCGGGCACAUGCUGCCGCCCAUCGGGACCAGAGUUAGCUACGAAGUCGUGCAGGACGAGAAGACGGGACGCCCGCGCGCGGAGAACAUUUAUCCCGAAGCUGGAGGCGAUGGUGCAGCUGGAGCGCUCCUGGGGACCGGCACAACGGGCACGAUCUCGGCCACUGGUGCGAAGUUCGGCUUCAUCAUGCAAGACCAUGACAGCAGCAAGAUGUUCAUCCUGCCCAUGUCUUGCACGGCCUUCGGGGGCUGCAUCCCUCCGGUGGGCACACGUGUCUUCUACGACGUGGUGGAAGAUGGCAAGACGGGAAGGCCACGUGCGGAGAAUGUCCAGCCAAUGGACAGCAGUGGCCUGGUCAUGGCGCUGGGGGCUCCGGCUCUGGCGAAGGGCGGACCUUCUCAUCCCAAAACGCCGCGGCCAUCGAGCGCAAGGAGUGUGCCCGCGAUGGCGGCUCUGCCGUGGUCUGGAGCCAAGGGCGGACAAGCGCCUCCAAGUGCUUGGGAGUUUGAGGAGGAAAGGUGCGGCGUCAUCUGCCAGCAAGGCGACAAGUUUGGCUUCAUCCUGCAAGAUUCCGGCGAGAAGAUGUUCGUCAUGCCUGCGGCAUGCGCAUCCUUUGGCUCGGUGAUCCCGCCAGAGGGUACUCGAGUGACCUUCAAGGUGGUGAUGGACGGCAAGACGGGCAGGCCUCGUGCUGAAGAUGUUCAGGACGAGGGGAGGUCCGGCGUCAUCUCCCAGACAGGCGAGAAGUAUGGUUUCAUCCUGCAAGACUCUGGCGAGUCGAUGUUCGUUAUGCCGGCGGCCUGUGCCUCCUUUGGCUCGGUGAUCCCGCCGGAGGGUACUCGAGUGACCUUCAGGGUGGUGCCAGAUGGUAAGACGGGCAGACCCCGCGCAGAAGAUGUUCAGCCCGAGCCGGUCAUGGCUCCAAGAUGGUCGGGCAAAGGAGACGGAAAGUCCCUUGGAAAGGAUAUGGAUGAAGAGAGGGCCGGCGUCAUCUUUCAAUCGGGCGAGAAGUAUGGCUUCAUUCUGCAAGACUCCGGCGAGAAGAUGUUCGUCAUGCCGGCGGCCUGUACAUCCUUUGGCUCGGUCAUUCCGCCGGAGGGUACUCGAGUCACCUUCCACAUCGUGCCGGAUGGUAAGACCGGCAGACCUCGCGCAGAGGAUGUUCAGCCCGAGCCGGUCCUGGCUGCAAGGAGAUUUGGCAAAGGAGAUGGACAAAAGGGCAUGGAUGGCAGGUCGGCGCCGUACUAG